AUGGCCACCAACUCAGUCGUUGCAUCGGCGGACCAAACUUGCACCUACACAAUCAAUGUCCAAACCGGAACAAGAGCCGACUCCGGCACAGAUGCGGUCAUAGGGAUUGUACUGGCCGAUCAAUCCGAAGAGUACAUCGAAAUUAAAGACCUAGUGAAUUGGGGUGGGAAAAUGCCAGAAGGUCACGACUACUUUGAAAACGGUAAUCUGGACAUUUUCAGUGGGACGGAGCGGUGUCUUCCGGGCCCAGUAUGUUUUAUGAGACUAAACUCUGACAACUCCGGCUACAAGCCGGGAUGGUAUGUUGUGUACGUGGAUGUAACGACGAGCAAGCCUGGAAGUGUGAGCAAGCAUCAACGCUUCACAGUGGAGCAGUGGCUUGCCGUCGAUGAGCCGCCGAAUCAGCUAUAUGCCGAGCGGAGCAACUGCCCUGUCUGAGAUCAAGAAGAGUCUCUAUUCAAUCGUUUAAAUCAAUAAAUCAAUGCGGGUGUCAUGAAGACUUGUUCUAUAUUGUCUUGUGAACGUUUAUUGGCUAUAUGUGCAUUAAAUAAAAUUAUUGUCUUGUGUGCUAUUGCCCAUAUGUAAAUUGAAUAAAGCCUGGGAUUGCAAAUUGGCAGUUAUGUAAAAUAUCCCAUUGUAUA